AUGCAGUCAUCAUUUCUUACGAGGUUCUUUCAGAAUCUGUCGGAAGAGAAUCAACAUGACUUUGGUCCAUUGCCAGAGUUUGAGUAUGGACAACAGCCUCAAACCUCUCAUGCAUCGUCAUCAUUACAUUCAUCAUCGUCAUCAGUGUCCAAUCAAACUCCACCACCAUCACAACAUAGUCAACAACAACAGCAACAGCAACAGCAACAGCAGCAACUACUACAAGCACAGCUACAGCCACAACUAAUUCCUCAGCCGCAGGCACAGACACCUCCACAGUCAAUCCCACAUCAUCAUACACCAACACAACAACAUACUCCAACACAGCAACAUACUCCAACUCAACAUACUCAGCAACAUACUCCACAACAUACGCCACAACAUACUCCACAGCAGUCGCACAAUAGUCAUCAUUAUCAUCAUCAGAAACAGAACUCACAGUCAGGCGGUGGCAGUGGUGUUGCUGCUGGAUCAUCGGGAUCAACAUCAUUGACUUCAUCGGCGAUGGAUCUGUCGACAUCCGACCCCUCAGUCUCGAGCCAUGGCUCACUCACCGAUGUUACACUCUCCAAUCAACAGAGUUCUCAACAACUGAGUACAUCGGGUGCGAGCGACUUGUCGACUGACCCCUCAGCAUCUGAAAAGGCCACAUUGGUCGAGGUGCUGCGGUCAAAGUUCCAGCACAACUCGGCCAAGCCCGACAAGAAGUUCUGGAUGCCCGACGCCUCUAGUGUCGUGUGUUACGAGUGUGAGGCGCCAUUCACCAUCUUGAAGCGUCGUCAUCAUUGUCGUCUAUGUGGACAAAUCUUUUGUUGGAAGUGCUCUCAGCUAUCAAUCGAGAUUGGCAACGGCGACAAGAUAAGAGUGUGCAACUAUUGCUACAAUCGAUACAACACCACACAGACUGGCGACGAGGAGGUUGCUCCUCCCCGUCCCGAGCUCGCCUCUGAUGAGUACAGUGAUGAACCAACAGCGGCCAACACUAAUGCAGGCUUGUUUGCAAGCAAGCUUAUCAACUAUGUGCCGUCGUUCCAGUCGCCAUUCUCAAAGAAGACUGAACAUCCUUUGCCUUUGACUGAUCCAUCGCCUUUGGAGUUAGAAGAGCAUCUUUCAAAGUUGAUGCGCGAGAUUGGUGGCAAUGAGAUGAACUAUGAUCUAUCAGAGGACGACACAUCAUCCGAUGGUCUGUCAGAGGACGAGCAGGUGUUGCCCACUCAGGAGCACAUCUCCAACCAGGACAAUCAAGAGGCAGUGGACAAUCACAUUGCGACACAACAGCAACAGCAGCAGACUACAUCAACAUCGUCGUCGAUUGAUAUCAUUGGAACAUCAACACGACAUCCAUUUGCCAACACUCUUGGCGGCUCAUCAAGCCUCAUCCCCGGCUUUGCGAACCCCAAUGGCAAGGGCUCGGUCACCUCAUACUCAAUGUCUGACCUGCCACACUUCAAACCCAGGGCCCUCAGCGACAAGGGCGACUCCUCGAAGCAGGCCACAAACAGCGAUGCGACUACAUCAUUGGGUGGCAGUGGACAAUCACCUAAACUCAGCUCAAGUCACCAGACACGCAGCAUACUCUCGCUGUCGUCGUCCCCAUCGUCUCCUCCACCCACACCAAGCACGAGCUUGGCAUCAUCAAUGUCUGUGUUGCCCAUAGGUUCAACGGCACCCAUGUCGCCGCCAAUGUCUGGCCACCACGCAGCGGCCCACGCCAACCAUCCAACGUCCUCCAUCCACCCACUCAAGACGUCCGCGCCAGUAAUGGCCAACAACAACAUCAACACGAGUACAGGUAUCCAUCCACACACACAUCAUGGCGGACAUCACCACCCAGCCACGCCGGGCAAGGGCAAGGGUGUCCCUCCUAUCAGCAUCUCGCCAUCAUCAUUAUUCUUUAGUGAUCCGAGCAUUGUGUCACUCAAGAGUCAUCCCAAGACGACGAACCGCUCCAAGUUCCUGGAGAAGUACCCUCUGCCACGCAAGGAGCAGAGUGCUGUUUUUGCCAAGUCGCCACUGACCACAUCGCAUCGCAAUCAGAUCAAGAACUCGCCACUCUACGACUGCUAUCGCCAACAUAUUGGCGCCAUUGUCACCCAGCUGCUGACCAAGGACCACAUCGAUGUGGCCAAGUGGGGAGAUGUCAUCAUGAACCUAGCACAUGAUGCCUGCACCAAAGUGAAGAUCUCUGUGAAGGAGGGCGACAAGAUGCCCACUGGCGAGUACAUCAAGAUCAAGAAGCUACCUGGUACUGAAGGCCAGGAGGCCCAGUACAACUACAUUGAUGGUGUGGUGAUGACAAAGAUAUUGACACAUAAGAAGAUGCGCAGUCGCUUCAUAUACCCAAGAGUGUUGUUGUUGAGCAGCUCAGUGGAGUUCCAGCGUGUGGAGAAUAAGUUCUUGUUCUUUGAUCAGCUGUUGCAACAGGAGAGAGAGUACUUGCGUAUUCUGGUGUCCAAGAUCGCCGAGAGGAAGCCUGAUUUGGUGUUGGUCGAGAAGACCGUGUCAAGACACGCGCAAGAGUUCCUCCUCGACUCUGGCAUCUCACUGGCACUCAAUGUCAAGCCUCGUGUGCUUGAGCGACUGGGUCGCAGUCUACGAUGCGAGGUGUUGCCCACAUUGGACAACAUGUAUCCAACGAGCACGGCCGCCGCUAACACUGCUGUCACGGCUGCGCCUGCCAUGGCACCCGCUGGAAACAGCCCGCCAAGCAGCCAACAGGCUAUCGCCUCAAAGACCGAGAUGUCCAAGCAGCUGGGCACAUGCGGACAGUUCCGUGUGCAGACAUUCACCGAGGAGACAUCGCUCAAGGAGAGCGGCACUCACAAGAAGACACUGAUGUACUUUGAGAAGUGUCCGCCCGAGCUUGGCGCCACCAUCACGCUGGCAGGCGAAAGCAUUCAAACCCUGUCCAAGAUCAAGAAGAUCCUCGAGUUUGCGAUCUACGCCACGCACAACGCUUACGUGGAGAUGAAGUUCCUGCAGGACCAGUCGUCGACCAUAAACGUCGUCCAGCAACUGCAGCUGCAGCAAACGGCAGACUCCUCACGCCUGUCGUGCACGCCAUUCAUGCGCUUCCCGCUGCCCAAGUCUUUCCCGCACAUUCCCUGGCGCUUCCACUUCACCUCGCAGCACAACAAGAACAAGAAGUCACUGCUGCAGAGCUUCCACUUCCCACACGCCGACUCGGGCCAGCAACAGAUGGUGCUGCAGACGUUUGGUGAGGAUGAGAUCCUGGGCAUCGGCCUAUCCGAGGCGUUCGACCCUUGCUACUCCAAGCGCUACCCCAUCGAGAUCGAGUCGAUCCUGGACCAUCAAUCAAUCGUCUUCACUCAUUCAAUCUUCUGCAACACCAAUCAGUGUAUCCCAUUCGAGCUGCAUGCCAUCGACUACUACACAGAGAACGAUAUGACAGUGGGCGAGUUCCUCAUGAAGUGUUGCUUCAACACGGCACACACCUGUACAAUCAAGGACUGCAACCGUCCACUGCUGGAGCACGAGCGUUCCUUUAUGAAUGCCAAUGGACGCAUCAACAUCUCGCUGCAGCGCAUCAGUCCUGUAAGCACUCAGUCGCAGCCACAGCGUUGCAGUGGCGCCAUCUCAAUCAUCACUCGUUGCAAGAUAUGCAACGUCUUCUCGCCCGAGCAGGUCAUGGCCAAUGAGGCGUGGGAGAUGUCCUUUGGCAAGUACCUCGAGCUGACCUUCUACGGCCAGAGCCAGUUCGUCGCCAACUAUGGUGACUGCACGCACAGCAUGAGCAGGGACCACAUCACCUACUACUACCAUCAGGACAUGGCUGCCAUCUUCUCGUUUGAGCCACUGCCCGUGCUGCAGCUGACCCUGCCGUCCAAGGUGUUCUCGUCCAAUCAGGGCGUGAAGCAACAUGUUCGCCAGCGCGAAAUUGAGUUGCUGAAUGAGUGCGCCAACCAGGUCUACAACGACAUCUUUGAGCGAUUGAACGAUCUGCUCGAGGAGGGCGAGGACCGCGCCAAGAACCUGAUGCCGGCGCUCUCAGAAGAGCGUCAGCUGGUGCUCACAAAGAUUGGCGUCUAUCUUGGCAAUGACAUUGACAACAUAUCGGAGGAGAUCAGUGUCGGCCUUACCAAGAUGCUGUACGCCUCGUUCAUGACGUGGAACUCUCAGCUGCAUGGCAUUGUCAACAGUACAUCACUUCAAAAGACCAGACGAUCAAUCAUUGAUCCAUCGAAUGACACGUCGCCUCACGCGACCACUCAUCUCAGACACAGCAUGUCGCCAGAGGCAUUCAAGGCUCAGCUUGAAGACAUGGCUGCCACCUCAGUGGUCACAGUUGUGCCGGCACCAAUGGCACCCCUGCCAACCACACCACCAAACUCAUACAUGCCAGCGGUGGAGCAGCAACAACAGAUACAGCCACAACCAACCAGCACUGCGAUUGUACCAUUGGACAAUAAUGGCACGGUGGAGAAGAGGAGCGUCUCGCCAGGAGGAACACUGAAGCCUGGCGAGCAGCCAAUCGUCACAAUGUCCGACUCAAAGAUUGAUGUAACCGCAUUCGUCUCUUACUCCAACUUGAACAACAUCAACAACAACAACAACCUUCCACCAAAGGAGGUGAAGAACAAGCCAUUGAAGUUCAUCGAUACGAUCGCUGGAAUCGUCUCGUCCAUCUCCUCGACCAAGAUCCUCGGACCAACAAUGCCAUUCCUAUUGUUGGAUGGCUCGGACAACAUUGCCAUCUACGAGAAUGAGCCCAGCACAACCAUCGCCUACACAUUGGUGUCAGAGGAGUUCAAGGCCUCGUUUGACGAGCUGAUCCAGGAGGAGCUGGGCAAGCCGGCCUACCAAGAGACAGACGACACGCCCAUCAACCCCAACACGCCCAAGAAUGACAUUGGCAACUUCUUGCGUCAAAAGAGCACGACAGAGGCCGCCAAGAAGCGUGCCACAGACUUGGCCAACGCACUCAAGCAGGCCGAUGCCAAGAAGACCAUGGCCAAUGCCAAUGCUGGUGCUGCCGGUGAUCAGAGCUCACCGCUAAACACCACGCCAACCUCCACUCCAUCGCUCUCAUCAACGCCAUCGCAGAAUGAGCUGCCAUCGCCAGCUGCAGACACGCCAGGCAGCAGUCACCGCAGCACUGAGAAUGUCAACGGUAUCAAGAGUGAUGGAAUGUUCAACGACAGGAACCUCAGGAUAUCGCGACUACUAGUCUCAAGUCAGAGGAAAGAGAUUAGGAAUAGAUACAAGUUCGAGAAGAAUGGAUACGAGUUGAAUAUCUUUUGUACAACAUACUACCCAGUGCAGUUCAGUGCACUUCGUGAGCUGGUCUGCAGUGAGGAGUCAUUCAUUGAGUCACUUACAAGGUCCAAGAUAUGGAUUGCCAAGGGUGGCAAGAGUGGCUCGUCAUGGAACAAGACACUGGAUGAUCGCUACAUCCUCAAGAAUGUCAGCAGGAUUGAGUUGGAAUCAUUCCUCGACUUUGCUCCAUUGUACUUUGAGUACCUUUGUAAAUCAUACCUCCAUCAGAUACCAACUGCACUGAGCAAGAUACUUGGUGUGUAUAGUGUGCGUUGGAAGGACAACAAUGGAAAGAGUCUAAAGAAGGAUCUCAUCGUCAUGGAGAACCUGUUCUACAACAGGAAUGUAACAAAGACAUAUGACUUGAAGGGAUCACUCAGGAGUAGACUGGUCAAGAAUGAGUCAGAGGUGUUGCUCGAUGAGAACUUGCUACAAGCAUCAUUUGCCUCACCGAUAUGUUUGUCAGAGUAUGACAAGACACGUUUGGCAUUGGCAGUAUGGAAUGAUACCGCAUUCUUAUCCUCACUUAAUGUGAUGGAUUACUCGCUGCUGACUGGUAUAGACACAAACAACAACCAGUUGGUAGUAGGUAUUAUUGAUUACAUGCGCAAGUUCACUUGGGACAAGGUCGUCGAGAUGAAGGUGAAGCAGUCUGGAAUCAUGGGUGGUGGUGGCAAGGUGCCCACUGUCAUCUCGCCCAAGCAGUACAAGAUCAGAUUCAGAGAUGCCAUGUGGCUCUACUUCACAAUGGUGCCAGACAAGUUCACCAAGGUUAAGCAUCUUGUACCCAACGAUAACAAGGACAAGAUGAGUCAUCUGGAAUAA